GACCCCAUCUUCCUAGCCGUUGAUGCAGAGGCCUGGGAACGCAAUACCAGCAAGGUCACCGAAAUAGGAAUUGCGGCUUUGGAUACGCGUUUCUUGUCCCGGCCUACAGACCGCAUGGAAUGGAUAAGAAGCAUCGACGCCCAUCACUUCACAAUUAGGGGACGCGCAAAGUAUAUUAACAAAAGAUUUGCCCCAGGUUGCCCUGAAAAAUUCAUGUUUGGUACCAGUGAAACCAGACCAAUAAAAGAAAUGCCAGGCAUCUUCAAGAAACUCUUUACCGCACCAGAUGAGACGAAAAAAACCAAAGGCGCUUUGCGUAAUUUUAUUCUCGUAGGGCACGACCUCAAAGAGGACAUUCGCUAUAUGAAAAGACUCGAUUACGAUGUCACUUCCGAAAAGUCCGUUGUCCUCAAUAUGGACACGCAGACGGUUGCCAAAGAACUUUCACUGCCCCUUGGACUCGAGAAGCUGGUGACCGCGCUCGACAUUGUUCCUAAAUAUCUUCACAAUGCUGGCAACGAUGCUGUGUACACGAUGCAAGCCAUGGUUUGCAUGGCU